CUUCUUCUUCUUCUCUCUCUCUUUCAUUAACACUACAAAAAGCAUCGAGCUCCCAUCACCAAACUCUCCAAAAAUGCAAUUUUCAAGAACCUCGAUCCUUAGGCAACUAAGCAGAAAAGAAGGUUGGAGAUCAGCUUCUAAAAGGUGGACUUCCGGAGAUAGCUCAACAGCCUUUAACGAGGACACAAACGGUGGUGAUUGUGGUGGUGGUUACUCCUCAAUGGAGGGUCUUUAUGGAGUUUACUCCGGUGGUGAUACGGCGGCGAGAAGUAAGAGAGUGAUGGUUGUGGUUGAUGACACUUCAAGGUCUAAGCAUGCUAUGAUGUGGGCUUUGACUCAUUUGACUAACAAAGGAGAUUUAAUGACUCUUCUUCAUGUUGUCUCUCCUCAUGAUGAAGCUUCUCCUUCUUUGGCUCAAUCUCUUGGUUCUCUUUGCAAAGCUUGCAAACCUGAGGUGGAUGUGGAGGCAUUGGUGAUUCAAGGACCAAAGCUAGCAACAGUAUUAAGCCAAGUAAAGAAACUUGAAGUCUCUGUUCUUGUGUUGGGUCAGAAGAAAUCUGCACCACUCAUCUCUUGCUUAUGUGGACCUAGUAGAUCAGAAGAGCUCGUGAAUCGGUGCAUCAACGGUGCAGAUUGUUUGACGAUUGGUGUGAGGAAACAAUGCAAAGGUGUUGGUGGGUACUUGAUCAAUACACGAUGGCAGAAGAAUUUCUGGCUCUUGGCCUAAUCACAAUUCUAAUCUUAUUAGAUAAAUUGUGUUAAUUCUCUGUGUUUAUUGUAGUUUAAUAAACUCUAUGUAGUCUCUUUGUUGUCCUAUGUUAACAUAACUUGUCUUAUAUGUCCUGUAAGAAUUUAAAGUUGAAUCUUUUUAUCCCACUUCAUCGAUUCCACCGUAGUCUCCAAAUUCUUGUCCCAUAUAAAAAUUGCAUUUUCAA